UCAAAGGUUGUGUGCGGUGUGUAUACUUUUCUGGCUACGAUUUUAGGUAAAUGUUGUGGAUCCUUUGAAUUGAUGAAUUAAGUACGUCCAUAUCUCGUGUGACAUCGACUGUAGUCAACAAAACUCCGUCUAAACCCAAAUCCCAACACAAUGAGGCACGCAAAAUUUUUGGCUCGCACAGUUUUGGUACAAAACAACAAUGUCGAAGAAGCGGCCCGAUUACUGAAUCGAAUUUUGGGAAACGAAGAAAUAUUCGAUCAAUUCAGACGCACCAGAUAUUACGAAAAACCGUGCCAGGUUCGCCGCCGGAUCAAUUAUGAGAAGUGCAAGUCAAUUUUCAAUGAGGAUAUGAACCGGAAAAUUCAAAUGGUUUUGCGGAAGAAUCGUGUGGAUCCAUUUCCCGGUUGCCAUUGAAUAUGCGGUCAGAUUUAGAUGAAUAGAUGUACAGUGUCCUAGUGACUUUUGUUAAUUAAACCGAGAAAAUUAA